AUGGGUGAUAUAUCUCCAACGAAUAGUACAGUGGAUUUGACAAAGGCUCGCCAGGAGCAGAACGUUGAUCUGUCGAAACUGACUCCCCAAGAAUUAAAACUUUACAAGAUGUACGGAAAAUUACCGUCAAAGAAGGAUCUGUUUAAGCAUAAGAUGCAAGAACGUAGGUAUUUUGACAGUGGUGAUUAUGCGCUGAGCAAAGCUGGAGUAAUUCAAUCUGAAGGGGCAAGCCACAACAAUCUGCCGGUGACGAACCCCAGUGGAUUAAGAGAGUCGAUAAUACGGAGGAGAAUGAGUAGUAGUGCUGGAGAUUCUGUUUCGAGGCAGGGGAGUAUCUCGAGCGGUCCACCACCAAGGUCUCCGAACAAAUAG